GCAGUCAUUGCAAAGAUUGAGAGCAUUGAUUCCUUCAAAAAUCUGGAAGAGAUAAUUCGUGCAUCAGAUGGAGCAAUGGUUGCCAGAGGUGACUUGGGUGCUCAAAUUCCACUUGAUCAAGUGCCUUCAGCUCAGCAAAAGAUUGUCAAAUUUUGCAGGCAGCUAAACAAGCCGGUCAUUGUGGCUUCUCAGCUUCUUGAAUCUAUGAUUGAGUACCCUACACCAACUAGAGCUGAAGUUGCUGAUGUUUCUGAAGCAGUUAGGCAGCGGGCAGAUGCUUUAAUGCUUUCUGGUGAGUCAGCUAUGGGCCAAUACCCUGAAAAGGCUCUGACUGUGCUUAGAAGUGUAAGUAUCCGGAUUGAAAGGUGGUGGAGAGAGGAGAAGCGCCACGAGGGAAUGGAACUUCCUGGUAUUGCAUCUUCCCUUUCUGACAAAAUUUCGGAGCAAAUUUGUAAUUCUGCUGCCAAAAUGGCUAACAGCUUGGAAGUGGAUGCAGUCUUUGUGUACACAGAGACAGGUCACAUGGCUUCUCUUCUUUCACGGUGCCACCCUGAUUGCCCGAUCUUUGCAUUUACAUCCUCAACAUCUUUGAGGCGACACCUGAACCUUCAAUGGGGUCUCAUACCCUUCCGUCUUAGUUUCUCCGAUGACAUGGAGAGCAACCUCAACUGCACAUUUUCUUUGCUCAAGGCAAGAGGAAUGAUCCAGCCUGGUGACCUGGUCAUCGCACUGUCCGACAUGUUGCAAUCUAUUCAGGUGAUGCAUGUACCAUGAGGCAGAUUUUAUCGAAUGCUAAUAAGUUGUCUGAUCCUAUCGGCAAGCUUGGGAGAGGUAGUUGGAUGCUUUGCUCCACAGUAUUUGUUGGUUCUUUCAUCGGUGGCUAUCCCAAUUGAUUUAUCCUUCAUAAAUCUGGGUACUAUCAUCUGCUGCUAUUUUUUGUAUUUCUUAAAAUAUCUAAAACAUGUAGAACUAUCCUUACAUCGUUAAACAACUAUGAUGGUCAACCCUAAUGGUUUUCCAAGUCGACUUAUUUUUCAGCUUGCUGUUG